UCUGCGCCCACAGGUGGCCGCCUGCACCCGCGGUCCCCUCAACGCGCUGCCGGGCCCAGAGGCAAAGGGACUGGGCUCGCACCCUGGCUCAGGACGAGGAGCAGAUGAGCGGAGCCGGGCUCUCAGCUUCCGCACUAGCUACUGGAAGGACCCGGGCUGGCUCCUGAAGUUCCCUCAGCUGCAAUGUGAGAAUGAUCUCAGGCACUACAGACAGAGAUCCAGGAGAGCUGAUUCUGAUCCCCAGCUCAAGGGUAUAGUGACCAGGUUAUAUUGCAGGCAAGGCUACUACUUGCAAAUGCAUCCCGAUGGAGCUCUCGAUGGAACCAAGGAUGACAGCACUAAUUCUACACUGUUCAACCUCAUACCAGUGGGACUGCGCGUUGUUGCCAUCCAGGGAGUGAAGACAGGAUUGUAUAUAGCCAUGAAUGGAGAAGGUUACCUCUACCCAUCAGAACUGUUUACCCCUGAAUGCAAGUUUAAAGAAUCUGUUUUUGAAAACUAUUAUGUCAUCUACUCAUCUAUGCUGUAUAGACAACAGGAAUCUGGUAGAGCCUGGUUUUUGGGAUUGAAUAAGGAAGGGCAAGUCAUGAAAGGAAACAGAGUAAAGAAAACCAAACCAGCAGCUCAUUUUCUACCCAAGCCAUUGGAAGUUGCCAUGUACCGAGAACCAUCUUUGCACGACGUGGGAGAAACGGUCCCGAAGGCCGGGGUGACGCCAAGUAAAAGCACAAGUGCGUCGGCAAUAAUGAAUGGAGGCAAACCAGUCAACAAAAGUAAGACAACAUAGCCAGAUCCUCACAGGUGUUGUGACUUAUUCGUCCUGAGCACAGUUGAGUGAUUUAUCCUUGCCAGACAUUCCUGCUCCCGCGGCUGAGGAGCGGCCGGAAGUAAGCCAAUGCUUGCUCUUUGCUGUCUCGAACUUCUUGAUUGCAAGUGGAUAAAUCUUCAACCUGUUGCACCCCCAGAACAAGAAGACACCUGGACAACCAGCUCAACUCAGACCAUGGAAUGCCCUACCAGAUAUGGAAUGCCUUUUUAAUAUCUUUUCUGUGACUGUGACACUUCAUGUGAAUGACAUACUUCACAAGUACACUCGAUACCUUGCCUGCUGACAGCUACCCAUAAUCCUUUUUGAGUCCUGUUUCAGCGAAAUCCAUGUGUUUAAGUUCAAUUUUGUAGCACACAAAUACUAUUGAGUAAUUUCUAGUUAGACGCUGUAAACCUGUGCUAUUAUGGAUUUCUCUUCCCCCCGUUUUUACAGGGCUGCCCGCUCCACUGUCCGUGACCUUUUGCGGGGAUUGUAUUCCUCUAAAUCUUAAAUGUUGCAGUUGGCUUAGUUCGGAGAGCGAUCAGGGAAUCAGGAAGCCUUCUCAACCUAUUAGUACAAAUUGCAUCUAUAAAGAUUAAGAGUGUUGUCUCCGGCUCCCACUCUCAAUUAAACACACAUAUAUGCUCUGUCCAGUAGCAGAUACUGUGCUCCUCUGGUCGGCGUGGCCGGGGUGAGAAACGGGUCAAACACAGUCCAGGGGAAGCUCUCUAAAGAUAUGUGUUUGACAUCCCCCUAUAGUUCCUUUGUGUGUGUGUGUGUUUUAUACAUAUCACAAGCUUACUGGUUAAUGGUAACAUUUGCCUUGCCCAGCGAGCAAGACCCACUGGUUUUUGAGAAAGUGGGUCCAAAGAACUCUGUAGGCCUUGUAGGCCUGAUUAAGGUUCAUUUUUUCAUCUACUAAUCCUCAUUAUUUGGGAAAAAAAAAAGAAAAAGAAAAUUCAAUAAUUACAACCUACAAGAAUUGCGCUACCUAAAUCCAUUUCAGAUAUAAUCCUACCUGUUUUUAAUGAACCGAACUGAAUGCCAUCCCCAGUUUUGGCUGCGUUCCACUCAUACUCAGCAGAGCAUGGGCAAGGCGGCUGUUGUGUUCUUUUUCUGCAGCAGCAAUGCAAACGUUAGUUAUAAAUUAGACUUUAAUAUUUUUGGUGUUUAAUGACAAGUUUUUAAAACUGGACAUAUUAUUAGGAAAAAAUAUUUUUUUUAGCUCAGCAUGCUGAGUCAGGUACUGUGUAUUUCGCCACUCCAAACCUGUAACUCAGCUUCUUGGGGCCCCAGUUGCCCAGUGGCUGGGGUAGAGGUGCCUUGCCAUGAUCUCAGAAUGCAGUCUGUUGAACUAUUCUGGAUAAAAUUCAAGGCAAACCAACACGUUCACACAUCAGUUUUCCGUCCAUUCAGUUGAUUUGCAUUUGUUUUAUCUUGCUUUCUUAAUUUCCUUUUGCAUAAUUCUGAGCUUAGGGAAGACAACUGCUAAGAAAGGCCAUGAAUAUAGUUGACGGCACAAGGAAGAAACCAAGCAAAACGUUCGGUAUUGGAUAUAAAGAGUUUCAAAAUGUCUGAUACGAAACUGUUUGGAAAUAUAUUUGUUAGCUCUGUGUAUACUUAAUAAAAUUCAAUGUUUUCUCCUCCGAAGAGUUAACUGAGACCAAACUGAACCUCAUUUAUAGAAAACUCUAUGUGGGAUUAUGUACUGGCCUCUUGUUAUUAUUUCCACGUGGAAGGCUGACCCAGUCGCCAUUUCCCCCCAUCUGCACUGUAUUUUCUUGGAAAUUAUUUUGUCACUGCUUUCCUAAGUCUCCAUGACAGCCCUUG